GCCAUCGGAGAAAGCCAGUCUCCCCGGGCAGCUUGCUUAGGCGAUGAGCUGAGACGUCGGCGGCUUGCCAUGGCCCAGCGGGCGGUGUGGCUCAUAAGCCACGAGCCGGGGACUCCGCGUUGUGGCACGGUGAAAUUCUCCAGACGGUAUCCAACUGUUGAAAAACGAGCCAGCGUCCACAAUGGAGCAAAUUAUGUGCCUGUUCCUGAAGAUGGUCCCUUUCUCAAAGCACUACUCUCCGAACUGAGAUUACUGGGUGAUGAUAAGGACUUCGUUGAGAGCCGUGAUAGCUGUUCACGCAUCAAUAAAACAUCCAUCUAUGGACUCCCAGUAGGAAGUGAAGAACUCUGGCCAGUUGUUGCCUUUCUGAAGAAUGACAUGAUAUAUGCUUGUGUUCCACUGGUUGAACAAACUCUAAACCCCCGUCCACCAUUAAUUAGCAUUAGUGGGAUUUCUCAAGGCCUGGAGCUGCUUUUUGGGAUACAGGAUUUUCUUUACUCAGGUCAAAAAAGUGACACUGAGCUAAAUACAAAAUUGAGCCAGCUGCCUGAGUUACUUCUCCAGGCUUGCCCAUUUGGAACUCUGUUAGAUGCCAACUUACAGAAUUCACUAGAUAAUGUCGGCUUUGCUUCUGUGACUCAGCCACAAAAACAGCCAGCCUGGAGAGCUGGAACAUACAAAGGAAAACCCCAAGUUUCCAUUUCUAUCACUGAAAAGGUAAAAUCCAUGCAAUAUGGUAAACAGGAUAUAGCAGAUACAUGGCAAGUAGUUGGAGCAGUCACUUGCAAGUGUGAUUUGGAGGGAUUCAUGCCAAAUGUAACUGUCAGCUUGCAUCUCCCCACCAAUGGAUCUCCACUUCAAGACAUUCUGGUUCAUCCUUGUGUGACAUCUCUUGACUCUGCCAUUCUGACUUCUAGUAGCGUUGAUGGAAUGGAUGAUUCUGCAUUUAGUGGACCUUACAAAUUUCCAUUCAUCCCACCUCUAGAAUCAUUCAACUUAUGCUACUAUACUUCCCAGGUUCCUGUUCCGCCAAUUUUGGGUUUUUACCAAAUAAAGGAGGAAGACAUACAGCUAAAAAUAACAGUUAAUUUAAAACUUCAUGAAAGUAUAAAAAACACUUUUGAAUUCUGUGAAGCUCACAUACCUUUUUACAAUAGAGGCCCAAUUACACAUUUGGAAUACAAAGUUAGUUUUGGCCAGCUUGAAGUAUUUCGAGAGAAAGGCUUAUUGGUUUGGAUUAUUGGCCAGAAGUUUCCCAAAUCAAUGGACAUUAGUCUUUCUGGAACUGUAACUUUUGGAGCCAAGAGCCAUGAGAAGCAGCCAUUUGACCCGAUUUGUAUUGGAGGUACAGCAUAUUUAAAGCUUCAUUUUAGAAUCCUGGACUACACACUCACUGGGUGUUAUGCGGAUCAGCAUUCUGUUCAAGUUUUUGCAUCAGGAAAACCAAAAAUAAGUACACACCGGAAGCUAAUUUCUUCUGAUUACUACAUCUGGAAUUCUAAAGCCCCUGCUCCAGUAACAUAUGGAUCAUUAUUACUGUAAUUUUCUCAUGUAUAUAUGGGAUUUAUAAUGAUGGUAACAUAGCUUAAAUGGAAUCAUAGUUUUGUUUGUUUUUUUUUCUACUUGUCUGCAUAUAACCAGUGAAUGAAUAAUCAUUGAAUGAUUUUUAAUUAGAAAAACACUUUUAUUGAUAUUUUUAAUCUGAUAUAGUUUAAAAACAUUUCAAAUGGUAAUGUCUCCAGUUUUUUUCCAUUUAAUCUUUUGCAAUAUGACUCAUAGCACAGAAGCAUAGUGAGUCACUUUGGCUUACUUGAGACUCAUCCUGGGCCAUUCUGUCAUCUGCUCGCCUUCCUGCCCUGUUCAAUGCAGCAGGCAUUGCUAAUCAAUCACAGCCCCCUUUCUACACUGAGCCUUCCUGGGUAAAAACCCAGGCUCCUUCUCAAUGUAGAGUUUGAGGCAGCUGCUGCAAUGUAUUUGUAGAAGAUGUGCAGGAUAACUGUUGGUUCUUCCAAACCUAAGUACUAAGCUCCUCUUUCAACAUGUUAAAGAAUACCAGAGACCACCCAACAACUAUAAAUCUCUUAAAAAAACAGCCAGUGGAGACAGAGCAAAAUGAUUUAUACAGUAUCCUUUCUUAGAACCAUCUGAUUCACUAAUAAAGAGUCUGCAUCUUUCUG